AUGUUGGUUAAGAGGAGGCGCAGCUGUGGAGGCAAGCGGUUUCGCUGCAUGCAGAUGAUUCGCACCUGCUGUCUGAAGAGGAGGCGCAGCAGCGGACUGCGGAGUAAAGCGGAUGAGCUGCAAAAAGAGAAGGAGCAGCUGCAAAGUAAAGUGGGUGAAGUGAAGGAAGAGCAGGUGCAGCUACAAAGUAAAGUGGGUGAGGUUGAUGAAGAGAAGGAGCAGCUGCUAAGUAAAGUGAAUGAUGUGUGUGAAGAACAGACGCUUCUGCAGAGUGGUGCGAAUUUGCAGCGUGAAAAGUUGGCGAAGCUGCUGCAUAAAGUGAAUUCGCUGUGUGAAGAACAGGUGAAGCUGCAGCGUGAGAUAGAUGCGGAGCUUGAAAUUGAGGCGGAGCUGCAGAGUCAAGUGAAUGUCCUGUGUGAAAUGGAGGCGAAGCUGUGGCAUGAAACAGAUAAUCAGCAUAAACUGGAUCCGAAUCCGUGUCCUCAAGCGGAUGCGUGGCAAGAUAAACUUAGGCGGUGGUUGUUCUCGGCAUCCUGGUGGAUGUUGCUGGCAGCCACAUGUAUUUUAUACAUCAGUGUGAUCCUGGACGGCGAGGUCAACAUCCACAAGGCCGUGAAGAACAAGGAUCCCUCCAUUAAAUGGCUGACCAUCUGCUGCGUCAUCUUAGAACUCACCAGCUUGAUGUGCUCUAUUUUAAUUGGUAUACUGAGAAUUAUGAUUGGAUGAAGGGGUGGAGUUUAGAGCUGCAGAUCGGUGUGAGAGUUUAGUUAACGAUGUGACUGGGAGGAAUUCAUGGACCAGUUGGGACUUACCUCGGACGGGCUUUGGAGUAUCGUUGCUAUGGCGAUAAAGGAUCGGUUCGGUAGAGGAGGGACUACAGAAAGAUCUACAGCUUCAGAGGAGGGAAUUUGGUGUUCCAGCCGCCUGGGAAGCCGUUCAGGUGAUUUGUUUAUUUUAUUUCAGCUCGUAAGGGUGCAAAGAUAGCUACACUGUGUGGAAACUACAUAUCCCAUGAUGCUUUGUAGACGGGCUACUGUUAGCAUGUGGCUAAUGUUCGGUAAGCAGCCAUAGAUAUCUACACUGUGUGAAAACUACAUAUCCCAUGAUGCUUUGUAGACGGGCUACUGUUAGCAUGUGGCUAAUGUUCGGUAAGCAGCCAUAGAUAUCUACACUGUGUGAAAACUACAUAUCCCAUGAUGCUUUGUAGACGGGCUACUGUUAGCAUGUGGCUAAUGU